AGACGGCAUCGGACGUGAUGACCCUGAAUGGCGGCGGCAGCGGAGCGGGCGGGAGCCGCGGCGGGAGCCGGGAGCGCGAGCGCCGUCGGGGCAGCACCCCCUGGGUUCCGGCUCCCCCGCUGCACCGCCAGAGCAUGCCAGUGGACGAGCGCGACCUGCAGGCAGCGCUGGCUCCCGGCGCCCUGGCAGCGGCCACGACAGGGACUCAGGGCCCCAGGCCGGACUGGCCCGCAGGCUCCUCGGACUCGCUCAGUUCAGGCGGCAGCGACUCAGACGAGAGCGUUUACAAGGUGCUGCUGCUGGGGGCGCCUGGUGUGGGCAAGAGCGCCCUGGCGCGCAUCUUCGGUGGCGUAGAGGACGGGCCUGAAGCCGAGGCUGCAGGGCACAUGUAUGAUCGCUCCAUUGUGGUGGAUGGAGAAGAGGCAUCACUCAUGGUGUAUGACAUUUGGGAGCAGGACGGGGGCCGCUGGCUGCCCAGCCACUGCAUGGCCAUGGGGGAUGCAUAUGUCAUCGUGUACUCAGUGACAGACAAGGGCAGCUUCGAGAAGGCUUCAGAGCUGCGGGUCCAGCUGCGGCGGGCACGGCAGACAGACGAUGUGCCCAUCAUCCUUGUGGGCAACAAGAGUGACCUGGUGCGCUCUCGUGAGGUCUCCGUGGAUGAGGGCCGGGCCUGUGCUGUGGUCUUUGACUGCAAGUUCAUUGAGACGUCAGCAGCGCUGCACCAUAAUGUCCAGGCACUGUUUGAAGGUGUUGUGCGCCAGAUACGCCUGCGCAGAGACAGCAAAGAGGCCAAUGCACGACGGCAAGCAGGUACCCGGAGGCGAGAGAGCCUUGGCAAGAAGGCGAAGCGCUUCUUGGGCCGCAUUGUAGCACGCAACAGCCGCAAGAUGGCCUUUCGCGCCAAGUCCAAGUCCUGCCACGAUCUCUCGGUUCUCUAGGCCCCACGGGCUCUCAUGGCGGUGGGCAGAUGGAUGGAUGGUUGGUGGGCUGGCCCAGCCAACCGCCCUAGGUGCCUGAGGGCUGGUCCAGACGUGGGGCCCCUUGGAACUGCCAGCCAGGCAUCCCCCACCUCAUGGUCAUGGACAGACAGACAGUGCUGCCCAGGGAGGUGGCUCCCAGUGGCCAGUGAGGACUGGGCGCAUGUAGAUGCGUGUGCAGGCCCAUGUGCAUCCCGAGCAGCAGCCUGAGCCCAGCUUGAGGGACAGGCCUGUGUGUGGGGAGAGGAUUCUGUCCUUCUCCACACCCAGGGUGUGCAUGCCCUGGAGGUAGGCUGUUCAGUGUGGUGGCUAUUUGUUUACAUGCAGAUUUUUGUAAUAAAUACUAUUUCUCGAUAUGCCA